GGGAGGAUCCGCGGAGAUGUCCCGGUCAGGAUCCGGUUCUUCUUAGACUGAGCCGCUUUGGUUCUGGUCUGAGGAAAGUUCUGACAACUGAGCUCAGUGAAACAGGAAGAAACAACACAUACGUAUUCAUUGUCAUGUUGUUGUUUUUGUUGUUGAUUGUGAACAUUAGAGGAUCUUAAAAGAAAUAAUUUCGACAGAGCAUUGAAUCAGGCCCAACCACAUAUUACAGUGGCCUUCACCUGGGUUCACGUGUUAGUGUGUCUCCUGGUUCUGGUGCUGGUGGACCGGGUUCUUCCUGCCUCAUUGGUUGGUUGUGUUUCUUCUCAGGUGAGCCAGGACGACAUCUGGAGCCUUUGUCUGGAGUUUCUCUCGAGGUUGUGACCGGCGCCAUGUUCAUCCUCAGUUUGUUUCCUGGGUUCCUGUCUCCUGGCGGCCAUGUUUGAGCUGCCGGCCUCCACCUCCACCGCCGCCUCCACCUCCACCGCCGCCCCUCCAUCUUAAACCUGACUCUGAGGACCAGUUUGCCUCUCGUGUUUUUUUUUUUUGUGUAUUUUCGUCACUUCCUGUGUUUUGGGCCUCGUCUCUGGGGCUGAUGAUGGCGGAGUCCAGCUCGGAGCCCGAGGCCGCCACCACGGGAAGCUUCUCCAAAGAACUGAGCGUAAACGUGCUGACAGACGGAUCGGGCCUCGGAGCCCACGUCCCGAGCAGCAACAGCACCGAAGCCCAGAAGGAUGCCACGCCCUCGUCACCGCACAGUCCGUCUGAAAGCAAGACGGCGAGCAGCGUCGCCACAGAAGAAGAAGAAGAAGAAACCCCAUCGCCUCUGCUCAGACACAUGAAGACGGAAGCAGGACCGGACAGAGGAGCAGAUCCAGGUCUGGACCUGGAGGACGGAUGCGAGGACCGGCGGGAGUCCACUGACUCGCCGUCCUUGUCCGGCCCGAGCCUGGAGCUUUCUGACGGGGCCACGGCAGCAGGGAACUCUCUGGAUGUGGAGGACGGUCUGUCCUCAUCCUGCUCAGCUCCAUCCACCGACGUCCCCGGUCUGAAACAGGACGAGGGGCUGGAAGCUGCAGGGGGCGCUGUAGCUGCAGCUCCGCCUGCCCCCAUGCCGGCAUAUUACCUGGUGAAGUGGAUCACCUGGAAGGAGAAGAAGACGCCCAUCAUCACCCAGAGUGAGAACGGACCCUGCCCCCUGCUGGCCAUCAUGAACACCCUGUUCCUUCGCUGGAAAGCUGAACUUCCUGCUCAGACUGAAGUGGUCACCACCGAGGACCUGAUGGCUCACCUGGGAGAGUGUGUGUUGUCAGUGACGCCCAGAGAGAAGACGGACGGCAUGGAGCUCAACUUCCAGCAGAACAUGAGUGAUGCGAUGGCGGUCCUGCCCAAACUGUCCACCGGUCUGGAUGUAAACGUUCGCUUCACCGGGGUCUCAGACUUCGAGUACACACCAGAGUGCAUCGUGUUCGACCUGUUGGACAUCCCCCUGUACCACGGCUGGCUGGUCGACCCUCAGAGCCCAGAGACGGUGGCGGCCGUGGGGAAACUCAGCUACAACCAGCUGGUGGAGAAAAUCAUCGACUACAAACACUCAGCAGACAGCAGCCGAGUCAGUGAAGGUCUCGUGGCUGAACAGUUCCUGGAGUCCACAGCGACCCAGCUCUCGUAUCACGGCCUCUGUGAAGUCAACACGACGGCGAAGGAGGAAGAGAUCUCGGUCUUCUUCAGGAACAACCACUUCAGCACCAUGAUCAAACACAAGGGGCACCUGUACCUGCUGGUGACGGACCAGGGCUUCCUCCAGGAGGAGACGUUAGUCUGGGAGUCUCUUCAUAAUGUUGAGGGCGAUGGAAACUUCUGUGACUCUGAAUUCAGGCUCAGUCAUCCUCCUCAGAGAGCUCCGCCCACUUCUCACCUGCCGCCAGGUGCUGAGGAGCAGAGGCAGAUCGACCAGGACUUCCUGGUUGCCGUGUCCCUGCAGGGGGGGGCGGGGGGGCCCCUCAGUGACCUGGAGUUGGCCCGCCAGCUCCAGCAGGAGGAGUACCAGCAGCAGCAGCCCCGCCCACCGGGGGCGGCGCCCACCACGGCGACUCCGCAGGUCAGAGGUCAGGGGUCACAGCUAACCAGGAGGAGAGACAAAGAGACGGAGUGCGUCCUCUUAUAGACUCUUCCUCGUCUUCAUCAUCCAACACGAAGCCAAACCUCAGCACCGUCGCCUACUUCCUGUUUGUAAAUUUGUAAGAAAUGACGACGUCUAAUAAAUCUGCCUUUAAGACCGA